AUGCAUGAGGGUGACGUCAAGCGUAUACUGGAUGCCGUGGACACCAAGGGACGAGGCUCUCUCAACUUUGAGCAAUUCUACCAUGUGUUCGUGGGCCUGAAGAUAUUUCACAGCUUCGACAAGCGAGAUCGCGGCUCAAUUCAUCGCGAGGAGCUGCGCAACGCUCUCCGAUCCGUCAGCCUGCAUCCGGAAGAGGAGCGGCUGGACGACAUGCUGGCCAUGACCGAGCCGGUGCAUCCCACCAAGGUGACCUUCCCCGAGUUCCUCGAAAUCUUCGUCGAGGCGCAAAGGGAAGACGACCCGCACAAGGUGGAGCGAUAUUUGAAGCAUGCGCUGAGCUACUGGUACACGGGUGCCGGAUUGCCACUUCCCGGCGGGAUGCUGCCCAUGGCCCAGCAGCUCACGCCGCUGCAGGAUUUCCUGGCCGGAACACUUGCCGGCGUCGCCAUCACACUGGUGGGCCAUCCGUUCGACACCAUCAAGGUCCGGCUGCAGACUGGACAGAAGGGCCUUUUCUCGGGCGCCAUCGACGCCACCAUGCGCACCAUUCGCAAAGAGGGGGUGCGAGGCUUGUACAAGGGCAUGGGUUCGCCCAUGGCCAGCAUUCCCCUGGUCAACGCCAUCGUGUUCGCAGCCUACGGCCAGGCCAAGUCUUUCCUACGCGACCCUGACGAUCCCGACAAGCCGCUCAAUUUGUGGCAGCUGGCGCUGGCCGGCGGUUGGGCGGGCUUCGUCAACAGCUUCAUCAUUUCGCCCGUCGAGUUGGUCAAAACGCGCCUCCAGAUCCAAUACAACGCGCCCACUUCCUUCUUUGGAUCGCGUGGGGAGGCGCAGGAAAAGGUGCACAAGGGUCCCAUCGGUGUGAUCAGGCACAUCGUCAAGGAGCGGGGCGUCUUCGGCCUCGCCAAGGGCAUGAGCGCCACCAUCUACCGAGAGAUGCCGGCCUACGCGGGCCAGUUCAUGGUCUACGAGCUGGUCAAGCGCUGGCUCAUCUCGCUCCACAACACCGACACUUACACAGCCGACGGAGACGACCUUCACCCGCUGGAGCUGCUGCUGGCGGGCGGCAUGGCGGGCCUCGGGGCGUGGGUGACGUCCUACCCCAUGGACUUCAUCAAGACCCAGCUCCAGGCCGAACCAGAGGGCUCCUCCAAGUACCAGAAGAACCGCUUCCUCCUUGACGGCGGGUUCGUGGAUUGCUUCCGCCAGCACGUGCGAGAGAACGGGUGGCGCAGCGUGUGGAAGGGCUUCGGACCGUGCGUGUCGCGCGCCUUCCCGGCCAACGCCGCGGGCUUCCUUGCCUACGAGAUCGCGGCCAAGCUCAUCCGCGAGCGACAGGAGGAGAAGGACGCUGCCGCUUCCACCGCCACCGCCGCCGCCGCCACUACCGCCCAAUAG